AUUCGUCCUUCUCACCUUCUUUUUCCUUCAUACCCUUUUGAUUCCAUCAACAAAUUCUUCGUUUUUCUGAUGAAAUAUGAAACCCUUUUGUUGAUUUUAUUGAAAUUUGAUCUGGGGUUUUGUUACUGAUCGUUGGAUCGUCACGAAUUUUGAUGGGUUGUUCGAUGCAUUUACCUUGAUACCCUUUUGAUUCUGUAAACAAAUUCUUCAAUCUUUUUGAUGUAAUAUGAAACCCUUUUGUUACUUUUAGUGAAAUUUGACCUGGGGUUUUGUUUCUGAUUGUUGGAUCUUCAUUGUUUGAUUCAUUUACCUUCUUGUUUCAUGAUGCCCAUUUGAUUCCGUGAACAAAUUCUUCCAUCUUUUUGAUGAAAUAUGAAACCCUUUUGUUAAUUGUAGUGAAAUUUGAUCUGAGGUUUUGUUUCUGAUUGUUGGAUCUUCAUGAAUUUGAUGAGUUGUUUGAUUCAUUUACCUUCUUGUUUGAUGAUGCCCAUUUGAUUCUGUGAACAAAUUCUUCCAUCUUUUUGAUGAAAUAUGAAACCCUUUUGUUGAUUUUAGUGCAAUUUGAUGGGUUGUUUGAUUAAUUUACCUUUCUGAGGCUCAUUCUUUUGGAUUGGAUCUGUUAAAAUGGGAAGAACUUCAUCCAUUUCUAAUGAAAACAAGAAAGUUUUGAAUUGAUUUAAGAAAAAUUUACAAAAGAUUCAAAUUAGGAUUCAAUUUGAUGAACUUUUGUGUUCUUUUCUUUGGAUUAGGUUUGUGAAGGAUGGAAUCCAAUGACCAUUGAAUCUUGAUCGUGUUCGUAAGUGAGGAUUAAUUGGAAAUGGCGAUGUUUGAAGAAAUGGGGUUCAGUGGAAGCUUUGAUUUCUUAUCGGGCCCUCCGUUCGAGACCGCCACCGCCACCGAAGCGGCGGCAAUGGAGGAGGAUUACAGUGAAGACGAUGAAAUGGAGAUCAAGGAGCUUGAGAAGAGAAUGUGGCGUGACAAAAUGCUCUUACGACGGCUUAAAGACGAAAACAAAUGUAAACAAGGAGUUGAUCCCGCAAAAAAACGACAAUCAGAAGAACACGCGAGGCGGAAAAAGAUGUCUCGAGCCCAAGACGGGAUCUUGAAAUACAUGCUUAAAAUGAUGGAAGUUUGUAAUGCUCAAGGGUUCGUUUACGGGAUUAUUCCCGAAAACGGAAAGCCCGUUGGUGGAGCUUCAGAUAAUCUCCGGGGGUGGUGGAAAGAAAAGGUGCGUUUUGACCGCAACGGUCCCGCAGCGAUUGCGAAACACCAGGCAACCCACGUGGGUUCCGGGGAAAAUGAGGGUCUUGGACCGGUGUCGACUCCGCACACCUUGCACGAGCUUCAAGACACCACACUUGGCUCGCUUUUGUCGGCUUUGAUGCAGCAUUGUGAUCCUCCACAGCGGCGGUUUCCGCUAGAGAAGGGUGUUGCACCGCCGUGGUGGCCUACCGGAGACGAGGAAUGGUGGUUGCAAUCGACGGAAAAGGGCCCGCCACCGUAUAAGAAGCCUCAUGAUCUGAAAAAGGUGUGGAAAGUCAACGUGUUGACCGCAGUGAUUAAGCAUAUGUCGCCGGAGAUUGAAAAGAUACGGAAGCUUGUUAGGCAGUCGAAAUGCUUACAAGAUAAGAUGACGGCUAAGGAAAGUGCAACGUGGCUUGCGAUUAUUAACCAAGAGGAGGCACUCUGCCGGAAUAUAUAUCCCACCACCUUCCCGAUGGCAAGCGGAGGCGGUGGUGCUGGUGGUGGUGAUGGCGGGUCUUAUCUGAUCAAUGAUGCAAGUGAUUAUGAUGUGGAAGGCGUGGUGGAUGAGGUGAGUCUUGAAUUGGAGGACUGCAAGCCAGCACCGCCUACGUUCGUUCUGCCGCUCGCCGGAGUUAAAGGGGAGGCUGUUGAUUCGUUUAACUCCGAUAAUUUUAAAAGAAAGCAACCAUCCAACGACAUCGAUGACCACCACCAGGCGCCAGAUGUGUAUGCCUGUGAGUAUCCUCAGUGCCCAUAUAACGACGUUCGUGUGGGGUUUCACGACAGAUCCGCAAGAAACAACCACCAGCUGAAUUGUGCUUACCGCCCAAUCGUUGGUGGAACCCUAAACUUCCAAACGAACAAUCUUGAGAAACUAUCCGUUUUCAACAUCCCUUCAUUUGGUCAGACUAAGCUCACCGCAGCUUCUCUGCCUGUGAACCACGUUGCACCACCACCAUCAUACGGUGGUGGUGGUGGCGGUGGCGGCGGCGGCGGUGGUGGCGGCGGUGGCGGUGGCGGUGGCAGCAUUUCAGAACUUGGACUUCCGGAAGAUGGUCAGAGAAUGAUUUCUGAUCUCAUGUCAUUCUACGAUACGAAUCUUCAACAAACCAACAAAAGCUUCAACCCCGGGAAUCUUGAUCAGAUCCAGAUUGACAAUGGUUUCUUUGGACCAAAUGUCGAAACUUCAACAGGGUUCGAGUUUGGCAACUGCAGAACACCAUACGAAUCUGCUUUUGAUUCUGGCUGCAACCCGAAUGUGAAUGACAAUAAUGCCCUCGACUUCAGAUUCGGUGCACAAUCGACAUUCUCUCAAGAUGUGUCGAUGUGGUACCUUUGAAGACAAACCUAGGAUGUCGAGAAGUGUGUUGUUAGUAGGUGAAAUUGUCGUUAAUUUGCUUUCGGUUUGCAUUCGAACGAUGUUAUAUGUUGUGUUCUUGUGAAUGUUCAUACUUGUUUGUGCCU